CCAAAAAGCAAACCAUUUCUCUCACUCCCUCACCAUCACUUCCCAAGCAGAAUAAAAACAAAAGAAAGGAAGGCCAAAUUGGAAAAAACAACCAAAAAAAAAAAUGUUGAGAAGCCUUCUAUUAAACUCCACUCUUUCUCUUGUCGUUCUCUUCUCUUCUCUUACUAGCCAUGGCUACCCCAUCAAAGGCCACAUAUUCAUCUAUGCAGGCUGCUCUCAAGAGAAAUACCAACCCAGUUCACCCUUUGAAGGAAACCUCAACUCCCUUCUAGCCUCGGCUGUCAGCUCGUCUUCCCAAGUGUCUUACAACAGCUUCGCCAUCGGAAACGGAACCUCGACGCCCCCCGACGCCACCGUAUACGGCUUGCACCAGUGCCGGGGCGAUCUGAAGAUUUUCGACUGCUCGAAAUGCGUCGAAAGCGCAGUUAGUCAAAUCGGACUGGUUUGUCCAUAUUCCUAUGGAGCUUCUUUGCAACUUGAAGGCUGCUACAUAAGAUACGAGCAUGUUGAUUUCUUGGGGAAGCUUGACACGGGACUCAGGCACAGCAAGUGCAGUAAAAGUGUAAGCAAUGAUGUGGAGUUCUUUAGGCGGAGAGAUGAUGUUGUUGCUGAUUUGCAAGGGGCGAUUGGGUUUAGAGUGAGCAGCUCAGGUUUGGUACAAGGGUUUGCGCAGUGCUUGGGGGAUUUGAGCCCCACUGACUGCUCUUCUUGCGUUGCUGAUGCUGUUGGAAAGUUGAAGAGCGUUUGUGGAUCGGCUGCUGCAGCCGACGUGUUUUUGGCGCAGUGUUAUGCCAGGUACUGGGCAUCUGGCUACUAUGAUUCCUCUUCAGAUUCCUCUAACGAAGACCAAGUGGGAAAAACAGUAGCAAUUAUCGUCGGCGUCCUUGCUGGUGUAGCCGUUUUCAUCGUUCUUCUCUCUGUUUGCAGAAAAGCAAUGGGUUAAAAAGACAGAAGAUAUGCAAGGAUUUCGAAUGUUUGCUACAUUUUAAUAUAAUAUAUGGUUUUGCACAAAAGAAGGUGGAUGAUGAUGAUAUCUAGCUUGUGGUAUAAAUUAAAGGAACAUUAAUGUAAUCUAUCUCCACCAACUUCAAAAGGGCUGCUGAUUCUAUUCCCUUCAUGCUGUCCAACAAAAUCCAAUCAUUUCUUUGAAUAUAAAUUGUUCUUAGACCACUUGUAUUUUCUGAGGCUAUAUUUAUUA